AUGCCUUGGCUCCUGCAAACACCUUCCAGCCAGCAGGGCAACUUCAUCACAAGAAGUUUUGCUGAUGGUAAAGAAGGUGUGUCAGAAGAAGCAGGAGAGCUUGGGCACCUGAAGGAUAGAGAAAAACACAAGGAGAGACAGCAAGAAAGAGAUUCUGAUGAGAAAAGGUACAGAAAAUCUUCACUGGGCCAAAAGAGGACAGAAGGAGCAACCACUCAGAGCUCAUCUACUCAGGACGAGCCCCAGACAAAGAAGAAGAAAGUCCACAUGGAUCCACUCCUUCCCCUCAGAGGUACUGCUUAUAUUCCUCCUGCAAAGCUCAGGAGGAUGCAAGAACAGAUUACUGAUAAAAACAGCUUAGAGUACCAAAGGAUGAGCUGGGAGGCCUUGAAGAAGUCCAUCAAUGGUCUUAUCAAUAAAGUGACCAUUUCUAACAUGGGGAUUAUCAUUCAAGAACUCCUUCAAGAAAAUAUAGUUAGGGGAAGGGGAUUGCUGGCUCGAUCUCUUUUGCAAGCACAAAGGGCAUCUCCAAUCUUUACUCAUGUCUAUGCAGCCCUUGUGGCAAUCAUCAACUCCAAGUUCCCCAACAUUGGAGAACUGAUCCUAAAGAGGCUAAUUGUCAAUUUUAGAAAAGGCUACAGAAGAAAUGAGAAGCAGCUCUGUCUAACUGCUGUGAAAUUUGUGGCAUACCUUAUGAACCAGGAUGUGGCACAUGAAGUUUUAUGUUUAGAGAUGCUCACCUUACUUCUUGAAAGACCAACAGAUGCUAGUGUGGAAGUAGCCAUUGGAUUUCUUAAAGAGUGUGGCCUGAAAUUAACAGAAGUAUCACCCAGGGGGAUGAAUGCUAUAUUUGAACGCCUUGGCAACAUUCUCCAUGAAUCUGAAAUUGACAGACGGGUUCAGUAUAUGAUUGAAGUGAUGUUUGCAGUAAGGAAGGAUGGAUUCAAGGACCACCCUGUUAUUUUGGAAGGCCUUGAUCUAGUGGAGGAAGAAGACCAGUUCACUCAUCUGCUUCCAUUGGAAGAUGACUAUAAUCCAGAGGAUGUACUUAACAUCUUCAAGCUGAAUGCUAAUUUUAUGGAAAAUGAAGAGAAAUACAAAAUGAUUGAGAAAGAAAUCCUUGAUGAAGGUGACAGUGAUUCAGACACAGACCAAGAUGCUAGAAGCAGUGAAGAAGAUGAGGAGGAGGAAGAAGAGGGGGGUGAAGAUGAAGAAGGACAAAAAGUGAUUAUCCUUGACAAAACAGAAACCAGCCUGGUGUCAUUUCAUGGCACAGUUUAUCUCACUAUUCAGUCAAGUUUAGAUGUUGAAGAAUGUGCUCGCAAAUUACUGAAGAUGGAGUUCCCUGACAGCCAAAGGAAAGAACUUUGCAACAUGAUGUUUCCCUGCUGUGCCCAACAGAGGACAUAUGAGAAAUUUUUUGUCUUGUUGUCUGGGUGUUUCUGCAAGCUGCAAAAGGAAUACAUGGAAUGCUUUCAGGGUAUUUUCAAAGAACAAUAUGACAUUGUGCACAGAUUGGAAAUCAACCAAUUGCAUAAUGUUGCCAAGAUGUUUGCUCAUCUCUUGUAUACUGAUUCACUUCUAUGGAGUCUUCUGGAAUGUAUAACAUUGAGUGAAGAAAGUACUACAUCUUCCAGCAGAAUUUCUGUAAAAAUACUGUUUCAAGAACUUUGUGAAUACAUGGGACUUCCUCAACUUCAUGCAAGACUGAAGGAUGAAACAUUGCAGCUGUUCUUUGAAGGAUUACUCCUCAGAGACAAUCCAAGAAACAUUUGGUCUGGGAGGCUUAACAGAGAAUUAUGAGAACAUCUGAAAAAGGCACCCAAGAUCUUCUUAGCCAAGGAUGUUGAGUUCUCAGAUUCCUCCUCCUCCUCCUCUGCCUCUUCAGAUGCUUACUCCUCAGACUCUGAUUCUGACAGCAGCAGUGAUAGCAGCUCAGACUCAUCCAGUGGCAGUGACUCCUCAUCCACAAGUGGCCAUAGCUCUGACUCAGAGAAAGAUAAAAGGAAAAAAGAAGAAAAAAGAAAAAAUAAACAGAUAAAACAGUUGAGAAAAAAAUCAGGUGUCCCAGGUCAGAGAAUUCCCACAGUCAAUGGGAGCCUAGCACUGCUGACCGGCCUGACCUAA